CGUCACGAACCCUGCGUUGAACUAGGCAUAGGCCUACACACUUUAUCCAUCUAGUUUCGACUGGGUUUUUGGUUUGUCGGUCCGGUUAAAGUAGUAAACGACUAUUAGGCCUUGGAUACUUUAGUGCUUUUAAAUGUCCUCGCGAAUUAAAUCGUGUCUCGUGAUAAGUUUAUGAAUACGAAAUGAUGGCCUUUAAACAAAACGUCUUUGAGAUAUUUGAAAGGAAUUUCCCCGUCCGAAACCAACCUGGUGCGUCAGGUGUGCACGAUACACGUCAAGGUAAAGACAUGAAUCGAAACCAAAAAAUAAAGGAGGUAUUCUCUGAAAUCGAAAGCAGAUUCAUGUUUGUCGAUAUUGUAUCUUAAGGAAGCCACAUAGCCCGUGCUGACCGCAAACGAUGGAAGCACUUGGGCACGACAAGACGGUAGUAAAGCCAAAGAAACAAACGAGAGGAGACAAUAAAACCCUCUCCGCAGGCCGGGAUCUGUCUGGUAAGCUGCUCCAGGAUGUUGCAAAAUCGCUGGGAUGUAGGUGGGAGCAGGCGGCCCACCACCUGGGGCUGAAGAAGAGAGAUCUGGACGAGAUCAAGAAAGACAACAAAGAUGAGUUCAUGCAGAGACGGAACAUGUUGCGGCUGUGGAUGGACCAAAGACCAGGAAAGGCCACAGCACAGGACCUGCUGAGAGGUCUGGAAGGCCUGGAGGACCUACCUGUCGAGACUCGUCGGUUAUUGAAAGAAGCCAGUGUUGAGAUUGAUGAAGAUGAUAAAGAUGAUGAAGGAGAGCAGAGCCAAGGACGAAAGAGCAGUCACUCAGGGACGAGUCUCACAGAAGACACAGCAAGCAUGUCCGUGGUGGACAGGUGUGAAGAGGACUGUUCUGAUUCUGGACUUCGAUCUAAACCUGUUAAGAAGCCGUCACACAGUAGCGGACCGGGGAGCCGUCCUGGGGAGCUGUCCUCGUCUCUGCCCCUCAAAAUGCCUGCUAGUAACGGGAUUCUGGCACUUGGGGACGACAAGACGGUAGUGAAGCCAAAGAAACAAACGAGAGCCAGAAAUAAUGAAACCCUCUCCGCAGGCCGGGAUCUGUCUGGUAAGCUGCUCCAGGAUGUUGCAAAAUCGCUGGGAUGUAGGUGGGAGCAGGCGGCCCACCACCUGGGGCUGAAGAAGAGAGAUCUGGACGAGAUCAAGAAAGACAACAAAGAUGAGUUCAUGCAGAGACGGAACAUGUUGCGGCUGUGGAUGGACCAAAGACCAGGAAAGGCCACAGCACAGGACCUGCUGAGAGGUCUGGAAGGCCUGGAGGACCUACCUGUCGAGACUCGUCGGUUAUUGAAAGAAGCCAGUGUUGAGAUUGAUGAAGAUGAUAAAGAUGAUGAAGGAGAGCAGAGCCAAGGACGAAAGAGCAGUCACUCAGGGACGAGUCUCACAGAAGACACAGCAAGCAUGUCCGUGGUGGACAGGUGUGAAGAGGACUGUUCUGAUUCUGGACUUCGAUCUAAACCUGUUAAGAAGCCGUCACACAGUAGCGGACCGGGGAGCCGUCCUGGGGAGCUGUCCUCGUCUCUGCCCCUCAAAAUGCCUGCUAGUAACGGGAUUCUGGCACUUGGGGACGACAAGACGGUAGUAAAGCCAAAGAAACAAACGAGAGCCAGAAAUAAUGAAACCCUCUCCGCAGGCCGGGAUCUGUCUGGUAAGCUGCUCCAGGAUGUUGCAAAAUCGCUGGGAUGUAGGUGGGAGCAGGCGGCCCACCACCUGGGGCUGAAGAAGAGAGAUCUGGACGAGAUCAAGAAAGACAACAAAGAUGAGUUCAUGCAGAGACGGAACAUGUUGCGGCUGUGGAUGGACCAAAGACCAGGAAAGGCCACAGCACAGGACCUGCUGAGAGGUCUGGAAGGCCUGGAGGACCUACCUGUCGAGACUCGUCGGUUAUUGAAAGAAGCCAGUGUUGAGAUUGAUGAAGAUGAUAAAGAUGAUGAAGGAGAGCAGAGCCAAGGACGAAAGAGCAGUCACUCAGGGACGAGUCUCACAGAAGACACAGCAAGCAUGUCCGUGGUGGACAGGUGUGAAGAGGACUGUUCUGAUUCUGGACUUCGAUCUAAACCUGUUAAGAAGCCGUCACACAGUAGCGGACCGGGGAGCCGUCCUGGGGAGCUGUCCUCGUCUCUGCCCCUCAAAAUGCCUGCUAGUAACGGGAUUCUGGCACUUGGGGACGACAAGACGGUAGUGAAGCCAAAGAAACAAACGAGAGCCAGAAAUAAUGAAACCCUCUCCGCAGGCCGGGAUCUGUCUGGUAAGCUGCUCCAGGAUGUUGCAAAAUCGCUGGGAUGUAGGUGGGAGCAGGCGGCCCACCACCUGGGGCUGAAGAAGAGAGAUCUGGACGAGAUCAAGAAAGACAACAAAGAUGAGUUCAUGCAGAGACGGAACAUGUUGCGGCUGUGGAUGGACCAAAGACCAGGAAAGGCCACAGCACAGGACCUGCUGAGAGGUCUGGAAGGCCUGGAGGACCUACCUGUCGAGACUCGUCGGUUAUUGAAAGAUUUACUACCAAAAAUGGAAAGCAGUAGCUCAGACGCCAGUGCUGAGAUUGCUGAAGAGGAUGAAGAGGAGAUGCACGUCAAGUCACAACGUGAAAAAUGCAAAGCAGCUCAGCAGAGCCCUGAGUAUGUGAAGGUUACCCCAACGGAGAUUUCAAAGCAGAGCUCCAAUCCCAUCAUUCCCAGCAGUCUUCCGGUGAAGCACGACGGGGCUGUGCUGGUUUACAAGGAGCUGAAGAGACAAUGCCGAACGGACCACAUCUUCCGCGUGUUUUUGUCCUUGAACACCAUCCCUGAGACCGAGGCUGUUGAAGAACAAAUUCAAACAGGUGAUAAGCAAUGGAUCAAGAUUGACAAAUCAGCCCGCUGUUUGCUGGAAGAGAAGGUCUACCACCUCACAAUCGAGCCAGAAGGGCAAAUUGAAAACAAGAAUCAGAAAUUCACCACUGCAGUGUUGGCGUCUAAGGGUUUUUUUGUAGUACGCUUCAGCGCGCUUGAGCGUCCUCCUUUCAAGUUGUCUCUCAUGGACUCAGACUGUGAUGAGCCUUUGUGGUCUGCUACAAUCAGAGAAGAGGAUUGGAAAGGCAUGAAAAGUUCUCUUCCGAAGAUGAACCAGGAGGCCAACAACAGAGGGAGAGGAGAGCAGAGCCAAGGACAAAAGAGCAGUCAGUCAGGGACGAGUCUCACCGAAGACACAGCAAGCAUGCCCGUGGUGGACGGGUGUGGAGAGGAGGACUGUUCUGAUUCUGACGCCAGUGCUGAGAUUGAUGAAGAUGAUGAAGAGGAUGAAGGAGAGCAGAGCCAAGGACGAAAGAGCAUUCACUCAGGGACGAGUCUCACCGAAGACAUAGCAAGCAUUUCUUUGACGGACGGGCAUGAAGAGGAGGACUGUUCUGAUAGUGACGCCAGUGCUGAGAUUGAUGAAGAGGAUGAAGGGACGAGUCUCACAGAAGACAUAGCAAGCAGGUUUUUGAUGGACAGGUCUGAAGAGGAGGACUGCUCUGAUUCCGACGCCAUUGCUGAGAUUGAUGAAGAUGAUGAAGACGAUGAAGGGACGAGUCUCACAGAAGACACAGCAAGCAUGCCCGUGGUGGACAGGUGUGAAGAGGAGGACUGUUCUGAUUCUGGCGCCAGUGCUGAGAUUGAUGAAGAUGAUGAAGAUGAUGAAGAUGAUGAAGAGGAGAUGCACAUCAAGUCACAACAUGAAAAAUGCACAGCAGCUCAGCAGAGCCCUGAGUAUGUGAAGGUUACCCCAACGAAGAUUUUAAAGUGCCGCUUCAAGCUACCGCUGAAAGGCAAAGGGACCUAUGAGUGUUCGGCUACAGGUCUGGUGUUUGAAGUGUCGGAGCAGGCUCUGGUCCGCUACUCGGUCCUGUCCUGGUCAGAAAUCGCUGAGUUCCUCCCAGACUCCUGGAGACCUGCUGGCUCGAUUUGGAAUGUGGAUGUGGUCAACAACGAUUCAUCUGUGCUCAAGUUUAUCCAUUUCCCACACUCUCUGUGCCUUUCUGGACCUGAGCAUGAGCUGAGCUUCAGUGUUCUGCUCGUAAAGGACGGCCAAGCCAGCAUUAAGUCGAAGCUGGACUUCACGGCGAGCCAUGUUAAAUGGCCCGUGUCCUCGCUUUCUAAAGUGGGUCCCAUCACUCCGAGCAGUCUGCAGGGGAAGCACCACGGGAGGGUGCUGAUUUACAAGGAGCAGAAGAGAAAAUGCCGAAACGACCACAUCUUCCGCGUGUUUUUGUCCUUGAACAACGACUCUGAGAUCAAGGCUCUUGAAGAAAAGGUGCUAGAAAAUGGUGAGGAAUGGAUCAAGGUUGCCAUACCACCCCUCUGUUUGCUGAAAGAGAAGGUCUACCACCUCAAAAGCGAGCCAAAAGGGCAAAUUGAAGAAAAGAAUCCAGGAUUCACCACUGCAGUGUUGGCGUCUAAAGGUUCUUUUGUAGUACACUUCAGCGCGCUUGAGCGUCCUCCUUUCAGAUUGUCUCUCAUGGACUCAGACUGUGAUGAACCUUUGUGGUCUGCUACAAUCAGAGAAGAGGAUUGGAAAGGCAAGAAAAGUUCUCUUCCGAAGAUGAACCAGGUGGCCAACAACAGAGGGAGAGGAGAGCAGAGCCAAGGACAAAAGAGCAGUCAGUCAGAGUUGCUUCGAAAGAUCCGUUCUCAAUUUGUGCAGGGAGUUUCAAACCCAGUUAUCAAAGGUCUCCUGGAUGACCUUUAUACGCUUGAAGUGGUCGGCACUGAGGAAAAGGAAUUUGUGAUGGAGAACCAGAAGAUCAAAACGGACAUGGCACGUUGUCUGAUCGACAUGGUGAUCGGGAAAGGGGAGACAGCAAGUCGGAUAAUGAUCGAUAGCAUGAAGGUUAAGGACAAGUACUUGUGCUCCGACCUGGGUCUGAUCCCUUCUCCUGCUGCUGCGGCUGAGUAGUAACUAUGAAUUUCCUUUUUAAAGUCACGACCGACUUCGUCAACUUUGACAAGACGUUACAUUUAUUCAGCUGACAUAUUGUAAUAUGUCCUCCUUCCUGUGCUAGUACAUUUGUACUAAGCUGUACCUCCUAUAUCCAGGUAUAGAUAGGAAUUUUGAAAUAUCAUUUUUAAGUAACUAUUGUGUGGUCUCGGAACUGAUCACGGAAAUGUUUACAGUUUCCCCAAGAGGCAGCUAAAGUCUUGUUUUUUUAUGUAUAUUAUUUUAAACGUUCAGGUGGAUUCUAUACGCAGCCAGAUUUGCAGAUCGGCUCCGGUACAUGUUGGACAAAACUUGAAGAGAUCCACAAAUGCAUAACGACGUGUUCACAUGUGGUAAACUGAUGUAAUAGAGGGUGUGGAUUUUAAGUCACAAAACUAAAGUAAACUUUAUGGAUUUGUGCAUCGGGAUCUGUUCUGAAAGUUUGUUUGGAUAUCCUUUUACAAAGGAAAGGUAAACAUUAUUUGUGUUAUUUGGUAACAAAAUGUGAAUUGUCUUCUGUGGGUCACAACAAGUUACUCACUUCCUUUUACAUGCAUGGCGCCAUCUGCAGGUGUAUGCUAUGACCGCAUCCAGAUUGGUACACAUUGGACAAAACUUGAUUGCAAAGCUAAAGUGAAAAAUGACUAUGGACACUGCCAUCAGUGUGUGCUAAAUGUAAAUGUUAUUUUCUCACUUCAGGGUAAGCUGCGAUAAUAAAUAGACCUGACACUGUUGCACCCUUGUCAGUCUUUUUACUUGCGUCACUGUAGCAUUGAGUCAAAUUGUGGUGCUCCUACCUUCCCUUUUAUUGGAUUAUUUUGUUUGUUUAAAAAUACAAAUUGUUGAAACAACAAAAAUGACGCAUGGGGGCAGAGUGAAAGUAUUUCCUGGUUAUGAAAAUCAGAACCAUGUAGGGUACAUCCCCAGCACCGGAAAGGUCAAUGUCCUCCUAGACCCACUGAACACCGGUCUGCACCACGCAGACACAAACCUUGGUGCGACAAAGGCCCCAAGAUGUCAGGGCGAGACGUAUGCCAGCGGGCCUUGGGGAGGUCGUAGACUGUAUGAAACAGACCGGAUCAGGACCUUAUACAGUCUGGUUAGCACUAGCGGAUGAAAACUAUUGUUGCUUCUUUGCUGGGAGAGGUCAUACCUUCAGUGGGAUCACAAGAACACCGUGAGAGCCUAAGAAUACUACAUGACAGGUUAGGUCAUCCAGGUCAUCGUGUGGUUCCUCUUGACAACAUUUGCAACCAGUCGCUGGGUAAGUUGUUGCAUUGAUUAAAUAAACGAAUGAUAAACUGACAGCAUAACUCACAGCACAACUCCUCCGGACUGAAUGCUGCGUAUACACAGAAACCUUAGAAAACCUAAUAAAUGUAAGAAAGUAUGUUUGACCAUCUUAUUUUGCCCCAAACA